AUGCCUUCUCUACACGACACCCGGCUCCUCUCAAACUUGCUCAAGACGGAGAAGGACUCGGCUCAGGCGUUCAAGCAGUAUACGCUUGCGGCGCAGUCGGCGAGUGCGGCGUUGAGUGCGUGGAGUGUCGCAGACUCGACGGGCACGGGGGACUUGAUGGACGCCGCGAUCCGCAUCUCCCAGCUCCUCUCAACCAUCACCGACUCCCAACGCCUCUACCUAACCUCCCUCACCACCUACCGCUCCUCACUCAAAGACGUCCUAGCGCGCGAACAAGCCCUCCGAACAGUCGUCCGCGACCGCGAGAUCCUCGUCAAUCGACUGAUCAAGAUUGGGAAUAAGAGACCGAAGGAUGGGGGCGAGAGGGAACAUGAGGCCAAGUUGGAGGAUGCACAGAGGGAGUUGCAGGCUUGCGAGACCUUCUUGCAGGAGGAAGAGCUCGCCCUCGCUCACGCCAAGCGGCGCUCGUUCCGCGAGGCCCUCAACGCCCGCAUGCAAGCGAUGAAUGCCCUCUCGCACGUCAUGGACGACUGCUCUGUCGAGGCGGUCGACAUCCUCUCGACCCUCCAAAGCGACAACUUUGAGCCCGCGCACCCGGACGGCGACGUCCAGCUCAGGAGGGAGUACGACCUCGGUUCCGACGCGGGGGACUCGAUCGCACCCAGCCAGUCAGCCAGUCAAGCCAUGUCCCGUGCCUCGUCUUCCUCGUCCCUCUCCAGCCUGAACCUCCAACAAGCCCCUCCGAUCCCUCACAACCUCCAAAUUGACCCUUCCUCUCGCGCGCGCUCCACGAGCCCGAGCAGGGCAGCCCAAGUCCCGCUUCCAGCUUCGCCCGUCCCGCGCGCCAAAUCACCCGCUCGUGUCACGUCGACCCUCCCUCCACCCGUGAUGAUGCCGCCCGUCCCAUCCGCCCCUCCGCCCGUCUCGAGCCAAGUCUACACUGAACGCCAGCCCGGCCUUCCGACGUUCGAGAUCCCCAAAGCUCCGAACCUCCUUCGAAGGCCGGACGAGUCUUCCUCCGACGAAGAAGACGAGCAGUACGGCGGCUUGAGGCGAAACGAGCGCAGUAGUCAUUACCCGCUUGAUUCGCCGGCGUAUGAGCAGCCUGCGCGGUUGAGGCGCAGGGCGGCGAGCGAUACGAGCUCGAUUCGUGGUGGCGGAGGGGGCAGGAAGAGGAAGGGCUCGUUCCUCGGCGGUCUGGCGAGCUUGUUCCGCCGCAACAAGAACCGCGACCGAGACUCGAUGUCGGUGCGCGACUUUGAGACGGGCGGAUCGGCGGACUAUGCGGGUGCGAGGUCGAGGCUUGCGAAUUCUGCUGGCGGAGGAGGAGGAGCGGCUGAUGGACGCAACGACGCCGUCAUGCGCUCGGUCAUGAACGCCGGUCGUGUCCCCGCUCGUCGACGCGCAGGAGCAGACGCCGACUCGUCUGACGACGACGUCCCGCGCCACUUGACCAAGCACGUCAACGACCCCAAGGCGCGCAUCAAGGCUCUCAGCGACGUCGGUCGGCCUUCGAGUCCUGCGAUGCCUGUCUCAAGCGCGAGCGCAGGGAGGCCGAAGCUCCAGCGCAAGGGCACGAGCGCGAGCACGGUCCGUCCUAUGAGCGUCGCGGGCGUGCCGGGACACGAGACGGCGCCGAGGAGGAAGAAGGCGAGCUCGACCACCGGCGGGACGAAGAAGGUCAAGAAGGCGGCGAGCGAUAUUGGCGUCACCUCGUCCGGGUGGAAGAGCACCGCUCCGCCGGCUUCGUUGCAGGUCCCCAAGGCGCCGACGACGGACGGAAUCGCGGACCUCGCGACGGGCGUCUCGCUCCCUCCCCCUCCCGCGCCAAUCAACUUCCCCUCGCCUGCGUUCGCCCCGCGCCAGUCAGGCGGCACGCCCGCCGCACCAGCCGAGACGGGUUCUCUCAAGCGGAAGAAGACGAAGAAGGUUCCUGCUGCUGCCGCACCGAGCGGCUCGGUCACGCCUACCCAGCCCGCAGCCCACGCACACGGAUCGAAGCACCACCACCCCGACACGGUCAUCCUCUCCGCCGAGGCGCUGGGGAUCCCGACUGCCGGUGCGAUCCCGCAGCCCCAGCAGCCCCAGCAGCAGCAAGGGUUGGUGAGGAGCAACACGACUUCGACGCAGGCGACCACGAUCAAGCGCAAGAAGAAGAAGUCGGUCGUCCCUCCCAACGUCGAUGGCGUCACGGCCAACGGCGUUCACAGCCAGCAGAAGGCCCUCCCGACGGCUGAUCAGCUCGCUGCGACCCUCCCGCAUGCCGUCUCGGGCAGUUCGGCGCUGAACGCGCACCUCCCCCGCCCGGACGAGGACACGAACGCGUAUCAGCACACAACCAAGCAGCCUCGGCCCGUCUCGAGCGCGACCGUCACUCCCGCCUCGACGCAGCCAACCUCGACGCAGACACCGGCAAACAAGCCGAUCAUCUCGCUCGCGGCGCAAGAAAAGCGGUCGAAGCGUCUCUCGGCCUUGCACGGCGACGCCAACUGGGUCCAGCACCCUCCUCCUCCCGCCGCUGCGCCUCGCGCGUCGCGUGGACGAGCAGACGUCCACGAAGGCGAGGAGAGCCUGCUCAGUGUUGUUGACCGCGCGGAAGGGGCAGAGACCGUACAGCCUUCGAGGACGUAUGGCGCGCAGUCGACGGUCGCCGGCACCAAUGGGGGGUUGAGUCCCCCUUCGGCUGGAGAGACGCCCGACCGCUCUACCUCCUCGACUUCGACUCCGCAACUCUCGAAGCGCAAAUCCGUCCGACUAGCCGAGACGUCCGAGGAUGCCUCGGCUCCGAAACCCACCUCCACUCUCUCGCCUUCCUCGUCAAUCCGCUCCGCAACGUCCGCACCCCGCCCGGGAAUAUUGAUCCAACGCGACCCCUCCCCCGUCCCAGGCUCGCUGGCCGCCUCGCUCCAGACCUCCCCUUCCUCCUCUCACUCUCAUUCGCAGGGAGACGCAGGGAACUGGCCCACCCGCGCGAGUUUGCGCGCGGCGAUGGCUGACUCGUCUGAUGAGGAAGGGAGCGACGGGGAGGGGAUGAAGGCGUAUCGCCAGGCGAGGAAGAUGCUUGGAGGGCGGACGAGGGAGAUGCAGAGGGCGCUGACGAGGGAGGAGAAGGGGAAGGGGAGGGCUGAGUAG